CGGCUAAUGGCGUCACUGUGGUCAUACUUUUCAUCUCCAGACACCGCAGAAAAAACGAGUAACUCGACAACUAUGGCGAGUCUAAUCCUCAAUGAUGGCACAGUAUUUAAAGGAAAGGUUUUUGGUGCUGCCAAAAGUGUUUCUGGAGAAGUCGUUUUUCAAACUGGUAUGGUAGGGUAUCCAGAAUCUCUGACUGACCCCUCCUAUCAAUCACAAUUGCUUGUCCUUACCUACCCCCUGAUAGGUAAUUAUGGUAUACCUAAUGUGAAAGUAGACRAACAUGGUCUUGAUGUUGAGUUUGAAUCUGAUAAAAUAUGGGUCUCUGGUCUUGUGGUUGGYGAUUAUGUAGAUGAGUAUAGUCACUGGAAUGCCAAGAAAUCACUCUCUGAUUGGCUGAAAGAGAAAGGAAUACCAGGAAUUACUGGUGUCGAUACAAGGGCAUUAACAAAGAAAAUCAGAGAAGAAGGAAUGAUGCUGGGAAAGAUAAUCCUUGAUGGAGUUGAUCCAAAAUCGAUUGAAUUUGAUGAUCCUAAUAUCAGAAACCUUGUUAAUGAGGUUUCUUGUAAGAAACCAACAGUGUUCAAUUCAUCUGGAAGUCCUARAAUCAUAGCAGUUGAUUGUGGAAUUAAGUAUAAUCAGAUACGUUGCCUUGUGUCGCGUGGUGCUUGUGUAAAAGUUGUACCAUGGAACUAUGACUUCAACCCUGAAGUAAAAAGUGGAGAUUAUGAUGGGGUGUUUCUUAGUAAUGGACCAGGAGAUCCAAGCUUUUCAUUCACAGCCAUAGAAAACAUUAGAAAGCAUGUCAUGUAUGAUAAGGCAAAGCCAUUGUUUGGUAUUUGUCUUGGUCAUCAGUUGCUGUCAUUGGCUAUUGGUUGUAAAAGCUUUAAAAUGAAGUAUGCCAUCAAAGCAUUAAAAGAAGAAGGCAUUCAGACUGUCUUGGUCAACCCUAACAUUGCAACAGUACAAACAACCAAAGGUCUUGCAGACAAAGUUUAUUUCUUGCCAAUCACAGUGGAUUAUGUCACACAGGUWAUUGAGAGUGAGCUUCCAGGAGGGAUUCUACUGGGUUUUGGUGGCCAGACGGCAUUGAACUGUGGAAUAGCACUAAGAGACAAAGGUGUUUUGGAAARGUUUGRUGUCAAAGUGCUGGGUACUCCUGUCAGCUCUAUUGUUGCCACAGAAGACAGGCAACAGUUUGCACAGAAGAUGAAGGAAAUCAAAGAACUGGUUGCUCCUAGUGAACCAGCUUUCUCAGUAGAUCAGGCCAUAGCAGCAGCUGAAAGGAUAGGCUAYCCUGUCAUGGUGCGAGCAGCAUUUGCACUUGGAGGUGCAGGCUCUGGCUUUGCUGACAACAAGGAAGAGCUUGUCGCACUGGUGUCUGUUGCUUUUGCCAAYACCAAGCAAGUCAUCAUUGACAAAUCAUUGAAAGGAUGGAAAGAAGUAGAGUAUGAAGUGGUCAGAGAUGGCUAUGAUAACUGCAUUACUGUUUGUAAUAUGGAGAAUGUAGAUCCUUUAGGGAUCCACACAGGAGAGUCAAUAGUGGUUGCUCCAAGUCAGACACUGACUAAUGAUGAAUAUAACAUGUUGCGUAGCACAGCUAUCAARGUUAUACGUCAUUUAGGUGUGGUAGGAGAAUGUAACAUUCAAUAUGCUUUGAAUCCCGACAAUAAAGAUUACUACAUCAUUGAGGUCAAUGCCCGUCUAUCUCGCAGCUCAGCCUUGGCAUCAAAAGCCACAGGGUACCCACUAGCUUAUGUUGCAGCAAAGCUUGCUCUGGGUAAACCUUUGCCUGAGCUUCGUAACUCUGUGACCAAUAAAACAACUGCRUGCUUUGARCCAAGUCUUGAUUACGUUGUUGUAAAGAUUCCUCGUUGGGAUCUCAGGAAGUUCAGUCGUGUCAGUACAAAGAUUGGUAGCUGCAUGAAGAGUGUGGGGGAAGUGAUGGCCAUUGGGAGAAAAUUUGAAGAAGCYCUACAAAAGGCACUCAGAAUGGUUGAUGAAGGCAAUCUUGGCUUUGAUUCUCACAAGCAUCUUCCAGAUGACUUGGAACUCAAGGAGCCAUCUGACCARCGAAUCCAUGUCCUUGCGGCAGCUUUAAAGAAUGGAUAUAAUAUUGACAAGCUGUAUGAACUGACAAAGAUUGACARGUGGUUCUUGAGUCGCAUGAAAUGCAUUACUGAUUACAAUACAUUACUCAAGUCGUACAGGACAGAUGGUUCAACUACUGCAGGAUCAUCAGUACAUGCACCMUUURCUUCUACAGAAAAGGCUCCAGAAAUCACGUAUGAGCACAUGAUGAAGGCUAAGCAACUGGGCUUUUCUGAUAAGCAAAUUGCUAAAUGUAUUCACAGCACUGAACUUGCGGUAAGACACCUUCGACAUGAAAUGAAAAUCACMCCAUUCAUCAAGCAAAUUGACACGGUKGCUGCAGAAUAUCCAGCCUUUACAAACUAUUUAUAYUUAACAUACAAUGCUGCCGAGAAUGAUAUUGACUUCCAAGGGAAUGCUGUCAUGGUACUAGGGUCUGGCGUGUACAGGAUUGGAAGUAGUGUGGAGUUUGACUGCUGUGCUGUUGGUUGCAUCAGAGAACUCAGAAAGCUGGGAAAGAAGACAAUAAUGGUGAAUUAUAAUCCAGAGACUGUAAGCACUGACUAUGAUGAAUGUGAACGACUGUACUUUGAUGAAGUCUCAUUUGAGAGUGUAAUGGAUAUUUAUACAAAAGAGAACCCAGAAGGAAUCAUUCUUAGUAUGGGUGGACAGUUACCCAAUAAUAUUGCUAUGCAGUUGCAUAGGCAACAGGCCAGGAUAUUGGGCACUUCGCCUGAAUCAAUUGAUAAUGCUGAAAACAGGUUCAAGUUCUCUAGAAUGCUGGACAACAUUGGUAUCUUACAGCCACAGUGGAAGGAGUUGACAACUAUCAAGAAUGCUAAAGAGUUCUGCCAUAAAGUAGGCUAUCCAUGUCUUGUCCGUCCGUCCUACGUAUUGAGUGGUGCUGCUAUGAUWGUUGCAUACAAUGAUAAUGAUGUGGACAGCUUCUUGUCAAGUGAUGUGUUUUUAUCCAGAGAUCAGCCUGUUGUCAUCUCUAAGUUCAUUCAAGAAGCUAAGGAGAUUGAUGUUGAUGCYGUUGCAUGCGAUGGUAAAGUGAUUGCAAUGGCAAUCUCRGAGCACGUUGAGAAUGCAGGGGUUCAUUCAGGUGAUGCUACAAUGGUUCUACCCCCUCAAGAUAUGAAUGAAGAAACCAUUAGUAAAAUACGUAUAAUAUGCUACUCUAUUGCUGAAGCCUUGUCAGUAACAGGGCCAUUCAACAUGCAGCUUAUAGCUAAGGACAAUCAACUCAAGGUGAUUGAAUGCAAUCUCAGGGUUUCUCGUUCUUUUCCUUUUGUCUCUAAAACCCUGGAUCAUGACUUUGUCUCCAUGGCAACWAAAGUGAUUUGUGGAGAAGAGGUUGAGCCUGUUUAUGAUCUCAAUGGAUGUGGACGAGUCGGUGUAAAGGCUAAAAAUGAAUUGCUUCAUAGUGUCAGGACACUGAAAGAUCUUGGUUUUAUUCUGUAUGCAAGUGUUGGUACAGCUGACUUUUAUACAGCACAUGGCAUUAAGGUGAAUCCAGUAGACUGGCCUUUAGAAGAAGGAAAUGGAGAAGGUCCUGAAGAACACAGUAUUUCUGACUACCUUUCACAAAACAAGAUUGACCUGUUUAUUAACUUACCUUUGAGGAGUAAUGCUUGUCUGAAAACAUCCUUUAUAACGCGUGGGUACAGAACAAGAAGAAUGGCCAUUGAUUUCUCUGUACCGCUCAUUACUAACAUCAAGUGUGCCAAGUUAUUUGUUGAGCUUGCCAUAGAGGGUGCACGGUGUGACUAUGGAAUCUAUCUUGGUGCUGGACCAAACAACUUUGAUGCCAUCAAGAGCAUAGCCCACCAAGCCGCUGGUCUAAAGAUGUAUCUAAAUGAAACCUUCACYACACUACAACUCAAUGACUUGACAACCUGGAGCAAGCACUUGGAAAGCUGGCCUAAACACCUYCCACUUGUUUGUCAUGCUGAAUCUAGGACYACAGCAGCUAUCUUACURUUAGCUGAGCUUGCWCAAAGGCCUGUUCACAUUGCUCAUGUAGCGCGUAAAGAAGAGAUUCUAGUGAUCAAAGCUGCAAAGGAUCGUGGGAUGGCUGUCACGUGUGAAGUAGCCCCGCAUYACCUGUUCUUAACUGACAAGGAYGUGGAUAGGAUUGGUCAAAGCUGGAUCAAAGUCAAACCCCCAGUSGUCACUGAGGAAGAUCAGAAUGCCUUAUGGGAAAAUCUCGAGUACAUUGACUGCUUUGCUACGGAUCAUGCACCUCACACAAUCGAAGAAAAGAACUCUGAAAACGCCCCUCCAGGAUUCCCAGGACUAGAGACCAUGCUUCCUUUACUUCUCACGGCCGUUCACCAGGAACGCCUGACUAUAGAGGACCUUGUCAACAAGCUUUAUCACAAUCCUCGUCGAAUCUUCGGUCUACCAGAGCAGAAGGACACGUAUGUUGAGGUAGAGAUUGGGAACGAGUGGACUAUCCCCAAGGCCAUGACAUACUCAAAAUCACGUUGGACRCCAUUUGCUGGGAUGAAAGUGUACGGGAUGGUACGACGUGUUGUACUCAGAGGGCAAAUCGCUUGUAUUGACGGCAAGGUUUUAGCACAACCCGGCUUUGGUGAAGAUGUCCGACAUGGUGGUGUGGUACCGGUGUACGGUCCUCAAUUACCUCCCGCUGUAUCACAAUUACCCGGUAGUCCAAGGAAGAAGGAUACCCGGUGGGCGUUCCCACCACCAGUACACCGUACCACUGGAGUGGAGCCUCUUCCAGCUUCUGCAGAGGGAACUCCACACACGGGAGACGUCACCCCAGUUGGUUCCACRACCCCCAGGACACCCACUAAAUCCCAGGCACCAGUGCCGUUUCUUCUUCCACAUGUUCAAAUGCGCAUUCCUCAUAACGUCAUCGCCGGAAGUAUUCUUAGUGCUAGCCAGUUCUCCAAGGAACAGUUGCACGUUAUCUUCAACACUUCUCAUGAGAUGCGUAAAAUGGUGCAGCGAGAAGGUGGAAAUAACAUCUUGAAGGGUCGUGUAAUGGCGUCAAUGUUUUACGAGGUCAGUACUCGGACGUCCUCAUCGUUCGCUGCUGCCAUGCAAAGACUGGGAGGCACCGUUAUCCAUGUCAACGGCACAGAUUCGUCUGCAAAGAAAGGAGAGUCCUUGUCAGGAAGCAGCAAGGAACUGUCAUAAGCCCGUGAUUAAUGGCGGUGACGGUGUAGGUGAACACCCAACACAAGCUUUGCUGGAUGUCUUUACCAUCAGAGAAGAAAUCGGUACAGUGAAUGGGUUAACGGUAACCAUGAUAGGCGACUUGAAAAAUGGUCGAACAGUUCACUCUUUAGCUCGAUUACUCUGUCUAUACCGUGUUACAUUGCGGUACGUGUCUCCACCGUCACUUCAGAUGCCUAACUCGGUCAAAGAGUAUGUACGACAGAGAGGUAUUGUACAGGAGGAAUAUACCAGUCUAAUGGAGGCCAUACACGAUACUGAUGUCUUGUAUGUCACAAGAAUUCAACGUGAACGAUUUGAUUCACAGGAAGAGUAUAACAAG